AUGAUUAGAUCCUCAUUACGUUUAAAUAAUAAUAAUAUCAAAUAUUUAUUUUCGACACAUUGGAAUUUAAAUAAAAAUAAAAAUAUUUAUUUCAUUAGAGUUGCCAGAGGAUUUUCAACAACACCACCACCGCCACAAUUGUCAAAUCUUGAACCUGAUUUAACAAUACCAAAACCUAAUAUCUCAAAUAAAAAUUUAAAUGAUGAAAUUGGAAAUAUUAGAGAAAUAAUUUCUUAUUUACAAUCACUAGAUUUUUCAAAAGAAAAUCAAAUUGAAAAAAUAAAAGAAUUAAAUUUAAUAAAUUUAAAAUUUGAAAAGUUAUCUAAUUUAAACGAUUUUUCAAAUUUUUUAAUUCCAAUUUUAAAUUUAAAUUUAGAGUGCAAUAAUUUAGAAAUGAUUUUAAAAUAUUUAAUACAUUAUGAUUAUUCAAUUGAAACAGCAUUAAAAUCUUCAAAUACAAGUAAGGAUGAAAUUUAUUACUGUCUAUGUACAAUUUUAUUAGAAUUACAAAAAUAUGAAAAAAAUAAAAAAAAACAACAUCAGCCACAACAACCACAACAACCACAACAACAACAACAACAACAACAACAACAAAAAUAUUCACAAUCAUUAAAAUUAUUAUUUUCAAAUAAAUAUUUAUUAAAAAGGUUUAUAAAAUCAAAUGGGUUUAUUAAUCUUUUAAAAGAGUUUAACCAAGAUGAAACUGAAUUAUUAUUAAAUUUUAUAAAUUCAAAAACAGAAUUAAAUAGAUCAGAUGAAAAUGAUUUAAAAAAGUUUGAUAUAUAUCCAAGUUAUAUAUUUUAUUAUUUAAAAAUUGGUAAUAUUAAUGAAGCAAUGGAAUUUAGUAAACAAUAUGAACAAGACAUUUCAAAUCAUAGUAAAGAAAUUCUAAAAAAUUUACAAACUCAAUCACAAAUUCAACAAGAUAGAUUAUUUAUUUAUUUUAAUUUUUUAAAUUAUUAUAUUGAAAAAAAUGAUUUUUUACAAGUUACUAAAUUAAAAAGACCAUUUAAAACUAAUUUUUUCAUUAAUCAAACUUUAAUUAAAAUUUAUCAAUAUCAAAAUAAUUUAGAAAUGGUUAAAGAAAUUUUUCAAGAAAUAAUUGAAAAUGAUUGGAAAGAUUUACCAUUAUUAAUAUUAAUACAACAUCAACAACAACAACAACUACUACAAAUUGAAAAAGAAGAAAGAAAAGCACUUAGAUUUGGUAUUAAAAAUGAAAAUGAAAAUUCAUUAAUAAUUAAAGAAAUUUUUAAAUAUUUAAAAAGUGAUCAAAUUGAUAAUAGACAGAAAUUAUUAAUAAUCGAUUCAACAAUUUCUUUAUUAUUACGUAAUAAUCAUUAUGAAAAAGCAUUAUUUUGGUAUGGAUUUCUAUGUGUUGAUUUAAAAUUAAUGGCAAAUCAUUCAAUUCAUAGAUCAUUUUAUGAUUAUCAUUUAAUUAGAGAGAAAAAAGCAAAAAAUCAAAUAAAAUUAAAAUCUCAUUGGAUUCGUAGAUUUGAUAGAAUUGAUGAUACAGCAAUUUUAAAACAAAAAACUGAAAUCAUUAAACCACAUAAUCUAAUGAAAAUUAAAAAUAUUUUAAUUGAAAUCGGACAAUCAUCAUCAAAUUUUGAGUCAAUGUAUAAUUCAUGUAAAGAAAUACUUUGUUUUAGAACAAAUUUAAUAAUUGAAUGUAGUAGUAGUAAUAUGGGUUUAGGAUUUGAUACAAAUUUAAAAAGUAAUGAAUUAGAUUCCACAUUGAAAGAAUAUUGUGAAAGAAAUCAAUUUAGUACAGAAUUUAUAAUUAAAUAUUUAAAAGAUCAAUAUUUUGAAAAAGGAUUAAUACCACCAAGUGAACAAUUACUAUUAACAAUGUUAAAAAUUAAAAAACUCGGUUUAAUUCCUUAUAAACAAUUAUUAGAAAUUUCACCAGAAUAUAUUAAAGUAUUAUUAUUUGAUUAUACUCAAUUUUCAUUAAAACAUUUAAAAUCAAAUGAACUAUUUGAUAAUUUAUUAUUAGAAAGUAAAUUUAUGAUUUCAAAUUCAAAAGAAACUUUAAAUACAAUUCUAUAUGUUUUAUUAAGUGAUUCUAGAUUUGGAGAAUCAAUAGAUUUAGUUAAAUUUAUGACAUCAAAAUCAAUCCCAAUUGAUGAACAUAAAACUUUUGGUACAAAAUUAUUUCAUAUUUUAAAUUAUAAUUUUAAAUAUAAUAAUAAUAAUAAUAAUAAUAAUAAUAAUAAUAAUAAUAAUAAUAAUAAUAAUAAUAAUAAUAAUUCAAUUGUAAAUAAUAAUAAUAACAAUAAUAAUGAUAAUAUUGAAAAUGAUAAUAAUGAAAUUAAAUUUGAAUUAUUAAAUGAAAUUAUUAAAAUUAAAAAAUUAAAUCCAAAUCAUAUUGAUUCAGCACCAAUUUAUAAUUGUUUAUUAUUUAAAAUUUUAAAUAAUAAUAAUAAUAAUAAUAAUAAUAAUAAUAAUAAUAAUAAUAAUAAUAAUAAUAAUAAUAAUAAUAAUAAUAAUAAUAAUAAUAAUAAUAAUAAUGAAAGUGGAGUGGAUUUAGUUAAUGGUAAAAGUCAAGUUAUUGAAGCAUUUAAAUUAUUUCAUUCAAUAAAGUAUAAGAAUGCAAAUACAUUUAAUUUAGGUGUUCAAAUUUAUUCAAGAAUGCAUCCACGUGUUGGUCGUAAAGAUAUUAUUUCAUUCAUUCAUUUAUGGGAUACAUUAUUAGAAACUUCAAAAACUAUACCAAAUUGUGUAUUUUUCAGUUUCUAUCAAGAAUUUUUCAAAGUAUUUUAUAAUUCAUCAGGUUUAAAUCAUUUAAAUAUUGAAAAGAUUUUAAAAAGAAAUGAAAUGGUUUUUAAGAAUGCAACUCCAAUAACCAUUGAAAUUCUAUUAAAAUCAUUUUUAAGGUCACCUCAAGAUGAUGAUGAAGUUUUACCAAUUGAUAAAACCAAUGCAAAAAAUAUUUUAGAUACAUUCUUAAAAUUUAAUAAAUCUAAAUUUUAUUCACAAGAAAUUAUGGAAAUAUUAAAUAAAUCUCAACAAGUUUUAAUUAAUGAAAAUGGAAUUGGUCAUCAAGAAUUCACUAAAUUUAUUGAAAAUUAUAAUCCAGAAAUUACAAUUACCACUGAUAAAAUAAUUUCUAAUGUUAAAAUAUUAUCACAAUCAAGUAAAGAAUUUUUAAAUAAUUUAACAAAUUUAUAA